AUGCGGGCAAUUCUCCUUGAGAGAAGGCCAUCGCAGAAUGUCAGGGGCAGACCCACAGCAGAUGCCAUUGGCGAGAAACUCGAUGAGUACUUUCCGGACCAUGAUUUGGACAAGCCCAUUGUGCAGUCUACAAUGCUUGAAACCACCGGCCCUGUGCUAAGCAGCCUUCCGAUGCCGGUGCCGGUGCCGGUGCCGGUGCCGGUGCCGGUGCCGCUGCCCAGCAUCGUCAGCAGCAUCGAGCUGUCCUCAGCGCCGACGCAGCAGCAGCCACCGCCAAUACUGCGGCGCAAAUCGACAAAGCUCUGGGGCUGUAUUCCCGAGGAGAUCCGGCCGCGCGAGCAGUACCAGCAGCCGCUGUCGGCCAAUAACAACGAGAUUGAUGCAUUGGCAAAGGUCAAACUGCAGCCAAUCACGAUCCAGUGGAUCAAGGGCAAGCUGAUUGGCAAGGGAUCAUUUGGGCAUGUCCAUGUGGCGAUCAACGCGGCAACGGGCGAGGUCAUCGCGGUGAAGCAAAUCCGGCUGCCAAAGUCGCUGUGCGCGGCCAAGAGCGGGGCGCAGAAGGGCCGCAACGCGGGGCAGUUGGAGGAGGCGAUCCGCAUGAUGUACACCGAGGUCGAGCUGCUGAAGGACCUGGACCACGAGAACAUCGUGCAGCUGCUCGGGUUCGAAGUAGUCAGCGAUGUCAUCAGCAUGUUCCUCGAGUACGUGUCGGGCGGCACGGUGCAUUCUUUGGUGCAGCAGCACGGGCCGCUGCCGGAGUCCGUUGUCCACUCGUUCCUGCGGCAGAUCGUCGCCGGGCUCGGGUACCUGCAUGACCGCGGCAUCCUGCACCGCGACAUCAAGGGUGCCAACAUCCUCGUUGACGAGACCGGCACGUGCAAGAUUUCCGACUUUGGCAUUUCGCGCAAGGCUGACCACAGCAGUCUGGCGGCGAUUUUUGGCGGCUCCGAGCAGCCGGCCGCCCGUGGGCGCAUCAUUGGGACCGUGCCGUUUAUGGCGCCCGAGGUUGCACGUGCGUCACGGUACACGGCAGCGGCGGACAUCUGGUCGCUCGGCUGCGUUGUUGUGCAGAUGUGGUCUGGGCGGCAGCCUUGGGACGAGCUGCAGGAGCCGCAGGUGUUUUUCAAGCUGGGCAGGGGCGAGGCGCCGCCAAUCCCCGAUGAUCUGACCGAGGCCGGUUUAGAGUUUUGCAAAAACUGCUUCGCUGCCGAUCCCCUGCAGCGAUGGCCAGCCGACGAGCUUGCGCAGCUGUCAUUUGCCCAGGUUGCCAGGGAUUACGAAUACCCCUACUAUACUGCUGCGGCCGCGAGCUCAUCGACGCAUAAUUCCGGGUACUGGCAGUAG